CGUCACUUCCUGUUUGGGAAAUUGCUCGCUUGAAAGGGCUUUUCGGGGGUGCGAGAGACUGCUGGGCUUCCGAAUUCACCUGCAGUUUGUGCUGUGAUCAGUAAGCUCGGAUUCAUCAUGAUCGAGGUUGUUUGCAACGACCGUUUGGGAAAGAAAGUCCGGGUUAAGUGCAACUCAGAGGACACCAUUAAAGACCUGAAGAAGCUUAUUGCAGCCCAAACCGGCACCCGCUACGAUAAGAUUGUAUUGAAGAAAUGGUACACAAUCUUCAAGGACCAUGUGACACUAGGUGACUAUGAAAUUCAUGAUGGAAUGAACCUGGAGUUGUAUUACCAAUAAAUUAUCCACCAUCUUCAUCCUGUACAUAACCCUUAUCUGAGGAACACACCUUUUCCUGUUCUGUGCCGGGGAGCCUUCCAUCCUUUUGAUCAACAAAAAUUGCAAUUGGUUUUGUUUAAUUUUUAGAACACAAAGUUUGUACUGUUCUCUUACAUCUUUAUUCGGUAUAAGGAAUGAUUUUUAUUGCCCCCAUUCAUGGAUACGAAUGUGUCCCUUUUCAAAGAUUAAGACAAAGUUGACUUGUAAAACAAUUUUAAUUUUCUUUUUGUUUAUUAAUAAAAUUUGAGUUGGCGCCA